CACUUAGUUUACCUGCAGUUCCCAGGUGUAAAUUACACUGCGCCCGAACAACGGAAAGCGCAGCGAAUUACCUGUGCUUUACUUAGACGGACGACGGAAGCCUUACCUGGACCCCGGCACAGGGAGAGCGAGUUAGAGAGUGUGUCAGACAGAGAGAGACAGACAGCGUUUCGGUUGUUGUUGCUUCAGCGAGGGACAAAGUCCAUUUGGGAUUGUGCCGCUUUAGGCUUAGUCCGAGUCCCGGAGACUGGAGUGGCGCAAACAGAGUACACAGUUGGAUGCCUUUAAACACCAUGAGUCACGCGGGGCUCCCGAGCGGACGUGCAAAUGGGCUGGCUCGCUCAGACAGCACAGCGAACAAACUCAGCGCCAAAGCUUUGUAUGAGCAGAGGAAGAAGUAUUCACACUCUAAUGUCAUCAUGCAGGAGACGUCUCAGUACCACGUGGAGCAUCUGUCCACCUUCAUGAUGGACAAGAGCGAGUCCAUCACCACGGUUGAUGAUGCCAUUAAGAAGCUGAUCCUGCUGGACUCCAGGCAGAAGAUCUGGGCCCAGGAGAUGCUGCUGCAGGUCACCGACACAGCCAUCCGACUGCUGGACUGCGAGACACAGGAGGAGCUGGAGAACUUCCCCCUUCCCACAGUGCACCUGUGUCAGACAGUGCUGAACCAGACGAGCUACUCCUCUGUGCUGCUGCUCGUGUGCCAGGAGGACUCUGAGCAGCACAAGCCAGACAUCCACUUCUUCCACUGCGACGAGGUGGAGGCUGAGAUGGUCCACGCUGACAUCGACAGCGCGAUCGGAGACAGCAAGCACGGCAAGAAGAUGAGGCCACAGACCCUCAAGGUGAACCAGGAGAAGAUGAAGCAUCACCGCGAGUCCAUCAUCCCGCCAGGCACCUCUCACGUGCCCCCUAGUGGCAACGUGAAGGGCCGCGCCGCCGCUCUCAUGUCCAGCUCUGCUAAAGAUCUCGAGAGGAGAGGCUCCGGCGCCCAGGAACACGAGGAGUCUUACGAGGUGCUGGCUCAGAGGAUUGAGAAAGAUGUGCAAAUCCUGAACUGCGCGCUUGACGACAUCGAGAUCUUUGUGGCGCGGCUGCAGAAAGCCGCCGAGGCGUUCAGCCAGCUGAACCAGCGCAAGAGAAACAAGAAGAACAAGAAGGGGCCUGCAGAGGGAAUGCUGACUCUGAGGGCGAAGCCUCCAUCUCAAGCUGAGUUCACAGACAGUCUGCAGAAGAUCAAGCUGGCCUUCAACCUGCUGGCCAAGCUGAAGAAGCACAUUCAGAACCCCAGCGCUGCCGAGCUUGUACACUUCCUCUUCGGACCCCUGGAGCUGGUGCUGCAGAGCAGUGGGGGUCCCGAGCUGCCCCGCUCCAUCCUCAGCCCUCUGUUGUCCAAAGACGCCGUGGACUUCCUGCGAGGACACCUGUCCCCCAAGGAGAUGAGCGUGUACGAGCUGCUGGGGGACGCCUGGACUCGCUCGCGGGCGGAGUGGCCGCGGGACCAGAUCGUGCCGCACUACUAUCCCAAGUUCCGGAACGGAUGGGAGGCUCCGUUGGAGAACUUCCACAACGUUCCCUGGGAGCUGGACGGGGGGCAGCAGACGAGCCCGGCUGAGUACCAGCAUCGGCAGUCUGAGGAGCAGCCGACGGCGCAGUCCUAUCUACCCUCCAACGGAAGUUACGAGGCGCCACAGAAGAAAUAUGUCAAGAUCCGCUAUCGUUUCGUAGCGCGGAACGCAAACGAACUGUCCGUAAUGGAGGAUGAGGUGCUGGAGGUGGUGGAGGAUAACAAGCAGUGGUGGAAGCUGCUGAACCGGAGUGGAGUGUCGGGGUACGUGCCUUACAACAUCCUGGACGUGGUGAAGCUGGAGGAACCCCAGGGACAGCCUGAGCCCCUCUACUGCCAGCCAAACCACCGCUACAAGGGGGACAUGAGCUCGCGGGGAGGGGGUCCCGUAAGCCCAAUCAACAGCCAGCUGGGGAGACAAGAGAGCCUUGAGAUGGGGGGUCCCAUGCUAUCCCCAAGGGACAAAGACCAGCGUAUUCACCAGAUGGAUGAGGUGAACGACGAGCUCCUCAAGAGGAUCACCACCAACAAGACUCAGCCGCCGACACGGAACUUCAAGGUGGAGCGCGCUCAGAGCGCCCUGGUGCCACUCAACUUCGACUCGGGGGCGGGGCAAGUGAAGGCCUGGCUGGAGGGCAAGGGCUUCUCCAAACCGACGGUUCAGAGUCUGGGGAUCCUGACCGGCGCUCAGCUCUUCUCCCUCAAUAAGGAGGAGCUGAAGGCGGUGUGUGGAGACGAGGGCUCACGGGUCUACAGCCAGAUCACCGUGCAGAAAGCACAGCUGGAGAAGAGCCAGGGUGACUCUGAACUGCAGGAGAUCAUGAGGAGGAGACAGGAGAGGAUCACUUCGACCAGCCAGGAAUAAGAAACUGCAGCUCACAACCCAGAAACAACCUGGUGACUGGAUGAGAACAGCAGAUAGAAACAAACAAACAGGCUGUGGAGUUUGAUACUGAUGUAGUAGCUGUAGCAGAGGAGGAGAAGGGGUGGAAAACAUUAUACAAAAUGAUACAAGGUGUAGAUCCGUCUGUACAACUAAUCUGACAACAAGCCAUGCUUUGAUAUAAUUAUAUAUAUAUACACACACACACACACACAUGAACAUAUAUAUAUAUAUAUAUAUAUAUAUAUAUAUAUAUAUAUAUAUAUAUAUAUAUGUUCAUUUUGCCUUUGCUUGUUAUGGUACAAAUAUAGAAAUCUAUAGGAUAUGACUUAUUUAAUUUGUAAUUCAUUAAUUUGACCCUUUUAUGAAGUCCAGAAUGUGACACUGCUGUUUUUUUGUUUGUGUUUUUUUUUUAAUGCUUCGUGAAUACAUUAAUAUAUUGCUGUUAUGAAAUGAUA